AUGACUAACAUCCACUACCUUCCUGAAUUGGAGGAUUCAUAUUCUGCAUUAAACAGCGAUCAAAUCGAAAUUUUAAGGCAACAGGUGCUCAAUGAAGGGGGCGAAAUAUCAUCUAUUCAAUCACGCUUCAAUUACGCCUGGGGUCUCGUCAGAUCGACGAAUAAGGAAGAUCAGAUGUUGGGUGUUAAGUUAUUGACGGACAUAUACAAAGAAUCUCCAAUGAGAAGAAGAGAGUGCUUAUACUAUUUGACCAUCGGAUGUUACAAACUCGGCGAAUACUCUACUGCAAAGCGGUACGUGGAUGCACUAGUGCAUCAUGAACCUGAAAACAAACAAGCAUUGAUGCUACAAACCGCUGUAGAAAACAAGAUCACUUCUCAGGGAUUAAAAGGGAUUGCCUUGAUCAGUGCAGGAAUCGCCAUCGGCGCAACCACCAUCGGCCUCCUUAUCAGAGGCAGAAGGCGCUAA